AUGGGAUUCCUCGGCAACAUGACCGUUGCGGCAGCGGCGGCGGCGGCGCUUCUGGCGCUGGCGACGUUCGAAAUCGCUGCCUGCUCGACGGAGUCCCCCCAGGUGCCGUGCUUCUUCAUCUUCGGGGACUCCCUGGUCGACAACGGCAACAACAACGGGAUUCUAACGCUGGCCAGAGCCAACUAUCUUCCCUACGGCGUUGACUUCCCGGACGGCGCCACCGGGAGGUUCACCAACGGCCGCACCACUGUUGACAUUCUGGGCACGAUGUUCGCCAACUUUGACGUAUUUCCCCGACGAAUAUGUAGUUUCAAACGCUGACUUUCUUCGCUCCUGCAGCUGAGCUACUGGGCUUCCAGGGCUUCAUCCGGCCGUACGAGGGCACCCGCGGGGCCGCCAUCCUCCGGGGGCUGAACUACGCCUCUGGCGCCUCCGGAAUCCGCGAGGAAAGCGGCAGCAAUCUGGUGACCCUUCAAUCGCGCUCUUUCACUUCUCUAACGGGACGUUAAAUUGUAUCGGCCCUCUCUCUCUCUCUCUCUCUCUCACACACACACACACACACACACACACACACACUCUGGCUCACUUUCACGAGCCCUCUCUCGCUAUCCAUGAUCAUAUUCCUGCAGGUUCCCACUGACUGCCGGUGAUUUUGGGUGGCAGGGAGCUCACAUUCCCAUGGGAGAGCAGGUGCAGAGGUUCCGGGGGACGGUGCGGCAGAUUGGGCGGCUGCUCCGGGGGAACCAGACGGCCGUCAACGAGCUCCUCGGCCGCUGCAUCUUCUACGCCGCCAUAGGCAGCAACGACUACCUUAACAACUACUUCAUGCCCGAUUCCUACUCCACCAGCGCCGACUACGACCCCAAGACCUACGCCGCUCUCCUCAUCCAGGACUACACCCGCCAGCUCACGGUAAGGUUAGGGCUAGGGCUAGGGUUUUCAGGGUUGGGAGUUUUUAGGAUUAGGGUUGUGACUGUUUUUUGUUUGGGUGGGCGAAGGCGCUGUACGAUACUGGAGCGAGGAAGGUGGCGGUGGGGGCGGUGGGGCAGAUCGGGUGUAUCCCCUACCAGCUGGCCCGCUACGACGGCGCCGCCGCCAACGGGAGCCGCUGCAACGAGCGGAUUCUUCUUCUUCUUCUUCUUCUUCUUCUUCUUCUUCUUCUUCUUCUUCUUCUUCUUCUUCUUCUUCUUCUUCUUCUUCUUCUUCUUCUUCUUCCUCCUCCUCCUCCUCCUCAACGUCGUCGUCAUUAUCAUCAUCAUAAUUAUUCUGCAUUUUAGGGUUUGAUGUGAUCGACAAAGGGUGCUGUGGGGUGGGGAGGAACAACGGGCAGAUCACCUGCCUGCCGCUGCAGCAGCCCUGCGACGAUCGGAGCAAAUACCUCUUCUGGGACGCCUUCCACCCCACGGAUGCGGCCAACGUCGUCCUCGCCGGCAAGGCCUUCAACUCCACCGCCCGCUCCGACGCCUACCCGCGAAACAUACAGCAGCUCGCCGCCGCCUGA